AUGCUGGCUUUUGGCAACACUGGUCCUGUUUCUAUGGCUCGGUGCCAGGAUGUAUCCGAGAAGGGCAGUGUAAGGCCACUAUUGAAGAGCAUCAAGAGGCGUCUCCAGUCUGUGAAUGCGGACGAGGGCCAUGAGAGGGUAUUAAAAAGGAACUUGAGUGGCACAAGCAUAGAUACGAGAUGGUCUCUUUCAACUUCGAAUGAACCCAGACCAGAGAACCUACCGACCCCUGCGGAUGCGGCAACCGUUAGUGGCUCUUCACGGGUCCGGAACGAAGAUGCCAUGGGCAACAUGUCCACGUCCGAGUACAGCUGGAGCAACGCGAGUACUUUCUGUUCUGCAGCAGACCCCUUGAACGCAGCCUUGCCGUAUUCACGUGGCAGACGGCACUCGCCAGGUCUGGAACUAGGCGGCAGCGGUAUUGCGUCGGGCUCACUCCCACUGGCGAGAACUGGGAGCGAUCUGGGCCAUACGGGUGCGUGGGUUGAUUCAGAGGCCGCCUUGUUCGAUGAAAGGUGUCUUCAUCUCGAUGACGAGAGUCCGGAAUACCGCCCAGAGGUUCCGAGCCCGCCAGACCUCGGAUGGCUGGUGACACCGCACUUGUCACCGCUGCCGAGCACGUUUGAGUUCUGCUACUGUUGUGAUGAUUGUCAAGAUGCCCAUGAGGAAGACAAGAUCAACGAGUCCUUGUGUUUGUCCCGCAGAGAGGAGGUCGAUGCCCAGCUGGAAUGGGCGCUUGCAUAUAUUGAGCAGAGAAGAGGCAAAGCUGACCCGUCGUCCGAUUGA